AUGGAGUCAAGCGCGGGGCCCAUCUUCGAUGAGGCCCAAUAUCGCAUCGAUGUCCUUCACCUCCCCUCACCGGAAUCCGAAGCAGCGCAGGCGCAACAACUAGCCGAAGAAGCCGAACAACUGGGUCUGAAAGUGCCAGAGAUCGAAGUAUCUGCGCCUCCUGUCUUCUGGAUCAUCGACCGAUCGGAAUUCGGUGUGCGGCUCCCUCACUCCGUCCCACGAGCCGUCGUCCCCGUCCCAUCCGUGCUCGACCAGAUCGUGUCGUCGCUGUCGGAUGUCACACUUUCAUCAGAUCACAUUAAGGCCGGCAGUACGCGAUCGCUGGCUUCUCUGUCUACGCGCCCGACCUCGUUUUGCUCCAGUGAGGGGAAAACGGGUAUUAUUGGACACGGGUAUAAUGAUGCGUUCGAGGCCAGGUCGCACCGGCAUUCGAUUCUUAGCAUCGCCUCUGCCGACAAAAAGGAGAAGCGACGGAGCAGCUUGAAGUCUGCCAUUGGGAGGAUUCAUUUCCGCAAGAAGCGCACGUCCUCGGCCAUUGUCUUGCCUUCGGAUGGGCGCAUAGCUGUAUCCACAAGCGACAAAGGCGUUGAACAUGUUUUCUUCGAGCCUACACCAGGACCUGACAAUGCUGCCCAUGAGGAUGUUCCGCUCCAUGCGAGUGAUGAGGUCUCGCUUCCAAGGUUGGAAAUUCCUCGGUUCAGUAAAGAGGAAUUACAAAGAAGCCUGGACGAUCCGGAGCUAAGUGAGAUGCACGAGCGGCAUCAAAUGGAAAGGAACCGACAUCUCGCUUUCCACGACGCCGCUCUAAGUACCCUCCGGCGUCGGCACCAGACCGCUAUUUCAGAGCACCAGUCUGACAACCAGCGUCAGGAGGAUGAGAAACGCGAGAAGAACAUCCAGGCCAUAGUCCAAAUUGAAGAGCGACAGUUGGCGGUGGAGAUCGAACAGCAACGCGAGUUCGAUCGAGCCAAAAUGAACUCGCGCACUCGCAUCAAGCAUAUGGAGGGGUAUCUCCGCAAUGCCAGCCCACCGCCAUCUCCCGCUGGAACACCGACCAGAGCUGAACGAUCCGCACGAUCGUCAGAAUCAUUCUCGGAGUCCGACUCGACCCCGCCAGCCCGUGUGCUCACUCGCCAACACAUGGAGCAACUAGAACAACAAUACCACUCCCACAAGAGCAUGGACCAGCUCCACGACGCCCGCAUCAAAGUCCUCCGUGACCGCCAAGAACUUAAGCUGCAAGAAGCCACGGCGCGUAUGCAAAAGGAACUGGAUGAAAUGUGUAAACGACACACCCAGGUUGUUGCUGCCUUGCAAGCCGAGCAUCAGCGAGAAGAAUCCUCCCUCAUGCAGGACUUGGAGAUGAAAAAGACAACUUUGCAGCGCCGCUGGUAUUUGGAAGAGGCUAUCCUACGUCGGCAUCUCGAGGUGCGACAUGGCCAGUCAUAUGGUCCUUUGCCGCUUGUCAGUUUCAGCACCUCCAAUAGCCCCGUUGAUAUUGCGGAACACUCACCACUUGAAACUUCUUCAACCCCGGAUACAAUCCAUCCCAGCCAGGAUUGUGUGCCUCACUAA